UAUAGCAUUAAACACAUUAGUUUUCACAUCUUCACAUUGGGGCUGGGGAUUUAGCUCAGCAGCAUAAGCGCCUGCCUUGCAAGCCAGGCAGUCAUGAGUUCGAUCCCCGGUACCGAUAAAAAGGAAAAAGACAAAAAAAAAAAAAAAAGAGAGAGAGAGAUAAGUUUUCACAUUAUCUACUUAAAUUCCACUCUAAGAAAACAGAAAAAUAAGAAAAAAAAAACUAAUUCAAAUAGAAAGGACAUGAAAAAAAGAGCAGAAGUCAAUAUAUUAGAAAACAAACAAAAAAAAUAGAGAAAAAUAAAACAAAAAGACUGACCUUAAGAAGGUCAAUAAGGGGCUGGAGGUUUAGCUCAGCGGCAUAAGUACCUGUCUUGCAAGCAGGCAGUCGUGAGUUCGAUCCCCGGUACCAAUAAAAAAGAAAAAGAUGAAAAAAAAAAAAAAAGAAGGUUAAUAAAAUUGAUAAACUUUUAUCCACACUGAUGAAGAGUGGCAUACAAAAACACACCAAUAUUAAGAAUAAGAGAAAGACCUGUUUGGCACACAUGAUCGCCACCUGCUUACCUCUAGGCACGCUGACACUAAAGCGGUUCCUGAGAAGGCAACAAGUUCUCCUCUGCAGAAGGAUUUUGCAAGCAAUCUGGCAAGUUCCAAAUGCAUCUGAUUGCAAAUACCUGAAGAACGGGGCAAAGGAACAAUUCAAACGAAAUAAAAGUGCCACAGAAGAGGGUACUAUCCGGAUAAUGAUUACUCAAGGCAACAUCCAGCUAAAGGAGAUAGAAAAAACACUUGCAUUAGCAAUAUCUUAA